ACAGUCUCGCGCUAACUAGCCAAAAACGUCAACUGAGUUUUAUUUUUAAUUUAGCUAUAUAUUCUCGACGGCCAUACACUUCUGUUAGUCUCGUUCUAUUUAGUCGUGUUCGGCUACACAACUACUCCAUAAUUUUACGGUAUGUACUUGAAGGCAUCGCAGUAACUUCAACAGCAUUGUUUCGCUUGACCACAACUUUUCAGACCACUAAUACACAAUGCGGAGGAUGGCGGAGGAUGUUCAGCCUCGAACUGAAGAAAGUUCGUGGAUAGCAAACUGGCUCCCCUCCUGGUGCCCCACUUCUCCAACUCAGCUGAAAGAUGCAGAGGAAAAGAUGCUCAAAGUUGUCAGUCAACCCUACUCCAGGCAGCACAUCCGCAUAUCCAACGGCAACUACCUGUGGACCAUAGCCUUUUCCACCCACCUGCAUCCGAACUCAUCGUCUCUCCUGCCGCCUCGCUCCCAGCCCAGGACGCCCCUGGUUCUUCUCCACGGACUCGGAGGCGGCAUCGGCCUCUGGAUCCAGAAUCUGGAUGCUCUGUCCAGCUGCGGACCUGUCUACGCGCUGGACUUGCUGGGGUUCGGCAGGAGCAGCCGCCCCCAGUUCAGCAACGACCCCGAGGGGGCCGAGGAGGACUUCGUGUCGGCCUUGGAGGAGUGGAGGCAGAAGGUGGGCCUGGAAGAGAUGGUUCUGCUUGGACACAACCUCGGAGGAUACCUGUCUGCAGCCUACACACUCAAAUACCCAAACAGGGUGAGACAUCUACUGCUGGUGGAACCGUGGGGGUUCCCGGCCCGCCCAGACAACCCGUACCACUACUCCAUCCCGAUGUGGAUCAGAGCCAUCGGGGCCUUCAUGAGCCCAUUCAACCAGCUGGCUGUUCUCAGGCUGGCCGGACCUCUGGGUCCGAUGAUGGUCAAGACUAUGCGGUCAGACUUCAAGCAGAAGUUCUCCGCUGUGUUCAAUGACGACACUGUGUCCGACUACAUCUACCACCUCAACGCCCAGACGCCAAGCGGCGAGACGGCCUUUAGGAACAUGACCAUUCCCUACGGGUGGGCGAAGAGGCCGAUGCUGGAGCGGAUCGACGGGGUCAGAGCAGACAUUCCCAUCUCCUUCAUUUACGGAUCUCGGUCCAGCAUCGACAGCAACUCUGGGUAUGAGGUGAAGAAGACAAGGCCAGAUGCGGAAAUCGUCGUGAUCCGAGGCGCCGGCCAUUACGUGUUUGCUGAUCAACCAGAGGACUUCAACCACACGGUCCUCCGGAUUCUCGCCUGGACAGAGCGGAAAGGCGCAGACGACUGAACGAAGCGGUGAAACGCUGAUAAAAGAUUCGACAGAUCGACCAAAGCUGAACCCAUUCCACUACCAGAGAAAUAACCUGCUUUAUCAUGCACUUUAUUUGUACGAGAGAGACCUGUGACAGACUGGAGGCUCUCAUCACUCCAAUUCUUCUUUAGCCGACUUCUCGGGGCAAAAAGCUCCACGGUUUAUUUGAAAUAUUUCUUGUAAGUUAAUGUGAAAUUCAUUUGAUUUCUCUGUACUCGUCGAUGCUGUUUCUUUGAAUUCUUUUUGGACAGCUCUCCUGUCUGGGGAAUUUGCUAUUUUUGAUACAGGCAGGAUAAACAGAAUGAGGGAGGGAAUAUGAGGCAGAGUUAAACAGGGCAAAGGGGCCGCUGACACUCUCAGGAAGCAUUCUCACUUCUUUGGAACCACGGAGUGAGCACGGCCAGCAGAUGGCAGUACAGCGACGUCAUGCUCUGCAGAGGGAACAACAGCAAAUUGUAACACAAAGCAGCAACCCUCACAUAUUGAGCUGAGUGACCCACUCAGGAGACCUGGACAGUGAUGCUCUCUCUGAGCCCGUUCGACACUCAGCCCACCACUAAGUCACAGCUGCCAUGACAGAAUCGGGUCAGAGGCAUGUGUCGGACUAAAAAUAGGCCUUCUUUUUCAGAGAGGCAUCGCUGUGAUUUAUAGAAACUCUUGAGUCUGCAGAAAAUGAAUGGGUCAAGGAAAAAAAAAGUUUAUCUCUUCGUUGGGGGAUGUUUACGUGUCACUCUAACAUAUCAUCUGGGACAUGUUCUAUCUGGUCUCAUGGUCACUGAUAAAAGCAAUCCAAUAAAUGGGAAAUAAAAACU